AUUUCAACCUGGUGACUAAAGCUGUCUGCACCGUGCGGAGUUGGGCUCUGUGAUUUUUAAAUGUGUAUGGUUAUAUUUGCUCCGAUUUUUGCCAUCUGUGCUUUUGCAACAUGUGGAGGAUACUAUGGUCAUCUCCAGGUUAAAGUGGACUGUGCAGACAGGAGGCAGAAUAACCACAGCAUCAACAUUGAUUUCGGGUAUCCUUUCAGAUUACAGCAAGUGCAUUUUAAAGCUCCUUUGUGCAAAGAGAACAGAGAUGAGAUUAUUUUCCUGGAAGGUGACUUCUCCUCAGCUGCCCAAUACUUCAUGACUGUGGGUGUCUUUGCUUUCCUGUACUCGCUGUUGGCAACGAUUGUCUAUGUCUUCUACCAGAACAAGUACUUGAAGAACAACAGAGGUCCACUUGUGGACUUUGUUGUUACGAUCAUCUUCUCCUCCAUGUGGUUGGUCAGCAGUUGUUGUUGGGCCAAAACUCUUUCUGAUAUAAAGACAGCCACCAACCCAACACAGGUGCUUCUUCUCAUCACUUCCUGCAGAGCUCAGGAAAACAAAUGCACAGCUACAGAGGAGCCUCUCUGGUCACGUCUUAACACAUCUGUGGUCUUUGGCUUUGUUAAUGUUGUCCUCUGGUCUGGGAAUAUUUGGUUUGUCUUCAAAGAGACGGGCUGGUACAAGACUGGACAGAGAUAUCCGACCAGGAGUGCAUCUGGGAAACGCUCAGGUUCAAUGCGACAGCGGCUCUACAGCGAGAGCAGCUUCGACCAGCCAGAGGAGAACUUUGCUCCCUCUAGACAAAACAGUUUCAAUCUGUCAAAGGGAGACUUUGAUCACCAGUUGCAGAGGCAAGCUAGCAUCAACCAGUCACAGGUAAGCUUCAGCUUACCACAGACAUAUCUUGGUAAACCGGUAAUUUAUGACAGAGAAGAUAAAAUGGCUUCUCAAGGUCCGAUGAUAUUUGUCAAUGAGAUGUGACUUAGAUUUUGAUCAUGCACAUGCACGUAGAGAACUGAAUGAAAAUUUGCUACUGCUGUUUUGAGUUUGUGAAAAUGACAUGAUUGCUGACUAAAUGUAACUCUGAAGGGUUUGGAUCACAAUAUAGUUUAUCCUCUACAUAAACUUAUACGCGCAUGAUUGCUCAAGAAUACUGUUUCUGAGAUCUCUGGGUCCUUUUGCAUGUUUUACUGUGCAUUUUCUAUUUUCCUUUUAUUUUCUGUGGACAAUAUUUUUUUUUGGGGGGG